UCAAAGGAGCGUAGUAACCGGCUUUUAAAAGGACUUUCACCACGAUGGAGUUUAACGAUUAAUCAUGAAUGUUUUUAUAAAGCUUGCUGUGUGUUUUUAGCACAAUUAUCUUUUAAAGCGGUAAUGAAACAUGUCACAUCGAUACCAAAUACAAGAAGACAUUAUAGUUCGUCGAUGGCUUCCACCAGAUUUUGUUGAAAAUGCAAUUUCAUAUCAAGCAACUUGUACAGAUACAUUUAUAGUUGGUUAUCCACGAGCUGGAUCAUCUUGGAUUUCAUAUAUCAUAUAUCUGCUAAAAAAUGAAGGUGAACCAAUUCACUCCUCAGAAAGGUUAUGGGAAGAAAUACCUGAAAUUGGAAUGGGAAGGCACGUUGCACAAAGAUUUGGGAAAUAUUUUGUUCAACUAGCUGAAAUGGUUCCACACCCUAGAAUUCUUCGAACUCAACUUCCAUACGAUAAAGUACCUAUUCAUCCCAAAGCAAAAUGUAUUUAUAUAUCAAGAAACCCAUUUGAUACAGCUGUUUCUUUAUUUCACGAAGUUAGGUCUAUAAACGAAUUCUCCGGUUCUUUUAAUGACUUUUUUACGUACUUUUUGCAUGGGCAAACUGAUUAUAACGAUUAUUUUGAUCACCAUAAAAGCUGGUACCAAAGGAAGUUUGAGCAAACAGUUUUGUGGAUAACGUACGAAGAUCUUAUGACAUAUCCGAGAGCUAUAAUUAAACAAAUUGCUGAUUACAUGGGUGGUGUGUAUCAGAGAAGUGCUAAUGAUGAAUUUAUAAUGAAAAAGAUCAUUAACAAUUCCUCUUUUAAGGAAAUGAGAGAGAAAGAAUCUCUGUUAGUUCAAAAAAAUCCAAAUAGAAUUAACGACUUUUCAUUUUUUAGAAAAGGCCAGAUUCAUGAUUUCGAAAACUUUUUUAAUGAGGAGCAGAUAAAAAAACUCACAGAAAAAUUUCUGGCUCAAUUUAAGGGUAGCAAGCUGCUCAACAGCUGGGAGAGAUAUUGUCUUCCUGUUAAAUGUAUGUAACAACACUACUCAAAUUAUGUUAAAUUAUAAAUAAAAAUGUGUAAAGUAAAAAAAUUUGUAAAAAGUACAGAAUAAAAACUUUUAAA